GAAAAAGGGACCAGCCAUUCAUGCUCGCGCGAGCGUCUCCGUCAGGUUACUAUGCUACCGUCCUGCCGUGUCUCGCGCCGAUGCUACCUGAGGGCGUCCUUUCUUUCCGGAGAACAGCAUUUGGAGGCUGUGUUCGCAGCGAAUAAGUUACACCGGAGUGCUCGCAUUAUGCUGAACUUUGAAAGUAAUGCCCGAGGAUGCUAAGUCGCCUGGCAAGCCCUCGUUGUGCGAAGGAGCGCGCGUCCUUUGUGCGUUCAUUCAUCAGCUGCUGCCCUGCUGCUUUGUUUUAAAGACAGGCGGUGGUCAGCCGCGUGGAGCUCAGCUGGAGCGCGAGCUGGUGAGAAUGAGUCUGCACGGAGCCAGCGGAGGAGGACCCCUGGACCACCCCAGGGAGAGGCGGCGUUCUGGAGAUCGCUCCAGGGAUUCUUCACAUGAGAGAGGUGAAGGACAGCUUACCCCCUGCAUCAGGAACGUCACCUCACCCAUACGCCAGCACCUCACUGACCGUGAACGGGAUUCUGGCUGCUCCUCACGCUCCACGAGUCCCAGGCCUCAGAAAUCAUGCACCUCCAGCCUGUUCUAUGGCGACUCCCACGGUAAAGCCCACAGCUCUGACAUGAUCUACGUGUGCGAAAACGUCAAGGAGGGACCCCGCAGUUUGAGGACUGCCGAGAGAGUCACUCUGAUUGUAGAUAACACCCGUUUUGUGGUCGACCCAUCCAUCUUCACUGCCCAACCCAACACUAUGCUCGGCAGGAUGUUCGGAUCUGGACGGGAACACAACUUCACACGUCCUAAUGAAAAGGGAGAGUAUGAGGUUGCCGAGGGAAUCAGCUCCACCAUGUUCAGAGCCAUUUUGGAUUACUACAAAUCGGGGAUAAUCCGCUGCCCUGAUGGGAUAUCCAUCCCGGAGCUGAGAGAGGCAUGUGACUACCUUUGCAUUGCCUUCGACUACAGCACCAUCAAGUGCAGAGACCUCAGUGCACUCAUGCAUGAGCUGUCUAAUGAUGGCGCCCGGCGGCAGUUUGAGUUCUAUCUGGAGGAGAUGGUGCUGCCUCUGAUGGUGGCCAGCGCUCAGAGCGGAGAGCGGGAGUGUCAUGUGGUGGUGCUGACGGACGACGACGUGGUUGACUGGGAUGAGGAGUAUCCGCCGCAAAUGGGAGAGGAAUACUCACAGAUUAUAUACAGCACAAAACUAUACCGGUUCUUCAAAUACAUUGAAAACCGAGAUGUUGCCAAGUCUGUUCUGAAGGAGAGAGGACUGAAGAAAAUUCGAUUAGGCAUAGAAGGAUACCCAACCUACAAAGAGAAAGUAAAGAAGCGACCCGGUGGGCGUCCGGAGGUCAUUUACAACUACGUCCAGAGGCCCUUCAUCCGUAUGUCCUGGGAGAAAGAGGAGGGCAAAAGCCGACAUGUGGACUUCCAGUGCGUGAAAAGCAAGUCCAUCACCAACCUCGCUGCAGCCGCUGCAGACAUUCCUCAGGACCAGCUCGUGGUCAUGCAUCCUGGGCCUCAGGUGGACGAACUAGACAUCCUCCCCAACCACCCUCAGCCCAGCCACCAUUACGAUCCGGAUCCCGAUGCCUCGUCCCCGGCCAUCUGACACCCACGCACACACACCCGUCACCACUCGCCACUUGAGCACUGCUGAGAGAGGUCAGCCAAGACCACAUUGCCUUUCAAGUCCUCUCCCGCCUUACGAGUCUCAAAAACUGAUCGCUGCGGCAGCACGUGACCUUUGUACACUAUGCCUUUCUUUCCCACAUAGAACUUGACCAAAGGAGGUUUUUUAUUUAAUUAGACACUCAAAGUUGGUAAUUACUCCUUUGAUUAGUAUCUGAAGUGAUUAUGGAAUCAUAUUUAUGCCACAGAGUAGAAGUAAUUGCGACUUUUCUCACAAUUCUGAAUAUCUUAAAAUUGCAUCAUUGCAAUUCUUAGAAAAAGUCAGAAGUGUGAUAUAUAAACUCAGAAUUGCAAAAUAUAAACUUAAUUGCAAGAUGAUUACUCAGAAUUGCAAGAAAAAAAGUCAGAAUUGUGAGAGAAAAAUGAGUUGCAAUUACCUUUUUUUUUAUUCGGUGGCAGAAAAAAACUGAAUUAUGUGGCAAACUUGCAAUUAUGUGUUUACAACUUGCAAUUGCAAGAAAAAAAGUCUGAAUUGUGAGAUAAAAAGUCACAAUUAACUUUUUUUUAUUUUUUUAUUUAGUGGCAGAAACAAGCUUCCAUAGAUUGUACUAUGUUUGUGGUGCUGUGUGACUACUGCUGUUUAACUUGGCAAUAAAAAGGAGCACAACCAACUGGAACACCCUGCAAGUUGAGCGACAUCAUGCGAUAAAACGAGAAUGCUUCCAUUAAAGUCUUAAAGCGUUCUGGUUUUGUCACGUCGUGCAACAGAGCACCCGUGGAGCCUCACUUUGAUGCAUUUCCUCUGAACGAGUACUGAAGUGAUGUCACGUUUUUAUUGUACUGUACUUUUCAUUUUAUUGUUAUUUGUAGCUGCGGUGCAUCGAGAGAGAAGUUCCUCUUGUGUACCACUUGAGAAGUGUUAUUUUAAUAAACAUGAUGAUAUCAGUA